GAACUGUCAGGCGGGUCCUCGAAGCUGAUGAAAUAUCUGGGAGUGGACAAUGAUCAGAAAAUCUUACUUCCUGCUCUUACUCCUUCAAGCUGGACUCGCACAAGAGUGGCAAAUCCACACUCCACCUGAGGUGACGGUACAGGAAGGUUCCUGUGCACGUAUUCCAUGCCGCUACAGUUAUCCUUCCCAUCUAGCAAACCAACCACGAACCGGAAUCUGGUUUAGUAACAAGGAUUGGAAAACAUCAUCAACAGCCUUUCACUCCAAGGAUCAUAGCCGCGAGUUGGGACGGUUCUACCUGCGGACCCAGCUGUCUGGAAACCUGAAAUAUGGAGACUGUUCCUUGAUCAUAAAUCGCAUCACACAGGAAGACGCAGGUCCUUAUUAUUUCAGAGUUGAAUUUGACAAUGUGAACAGUUACAGCUACUAUCCUGCAACCCAGCUUCACGUUUCUGAUUUCACAGAUAAACCCACAAUAGCCCCUGUGGAAAUUAUCGCAGGAAAGCGUGUGAGCCUAAGCUGCAUCUUCAACACAACGUGCAAUGGAACCGCUCCUGCCUUAACCUGGGACGCUCCCACUGCCGUACGUGGAUCAGUCUCAAACACUGUAAUUCAGCAUGGUGUCACUCUGACCUAUACUUCUGCUCUGAGCCUGACACCAUCACUCACACACCAGGGACAAACUCUCACCUGCAGAGUGAGUUAUCCAACUGUUUCUUCAGAGCAGACCCUCGUACUGACAGUGCAAUACUCACCACGUAAUCUCUCAAUUACAUCUCUUGACGUGAUUAAAGAUUCAUCGAUCAAUAUAAUUGAGGGGAAUUCUGCAGUGAUAAUCUGCUCUGUCGAGAGUUUCCCAGCUUCUAAACUGACAUGGAGACACCUGAAUGCCAUAAUGAACAGAACAAGUUCUAACAAUGAGCUGUGGUUGGAGAUUCCUCACAUUACGUACAGGGAGAUUGGAGAUUAUAAGUGUGUAGCAGAGAAUGAACAUGGAGCAGUGGAGGGCCUCAUAACCAUCAAUGUCGAAUAUGCGCCACGGAAUCUCUCAAUUUCUUCUCUUGCUGUGAUUAAAGACUCAUCUAUCAAUAUAAUUGAGGGGAAUUCUACAGUGAUAAUCUGCUCUGUCGAGAGCGUCCCAGCUUCUAACCUGAUGUGGAGACAUCUUAAUGCCACAAUGAACAGAACAAGUUCCAACAAUGAGCUGUGGUUGGAGAUUCCUCAUGUCAUGUUCAAGGAGACUGGAGAGUAUCAGUGUGUGGCAGAGAAUGAUCAUGGAGUAGUGGAGAGCUCCAUAACCAUCAAUGUGGAAUAUGCGCCACGGAAUCUCUCAAUUUCUUCUCUUGCUGUGAUUAAAGAUUCAUCUAUCAAUAUAAUUGAGGGGAAUUCUGCAGUGAUAAUCUGCUCUGUCGAGAGCUUCCCAGCUUCUAACCUGAUGUGGAGACAUCUUAAUGCCACAAUGAACAGAACAAGUUCCAACAAUGAGCUGUGGUUGGAGAUUCCUCAUAUCAUGUUCAAAGAGACUGGAGAGUAUCAGUGUGUGGCAGAGAAUGAACAUGGAGCUUUGGAGAGCUCCAUAACCAUCAAUGUGGAAUAUUCACCACGGAAUCUCUUAAUUUCUUCUCUUGCUGUGAUUAAAGAUUCAUUGAUCAAUAUAUUUGAGGGGGAUUCUGCAGAGAUAAUCUGCACUGUCGAGAGCUUCCCAGCUUCUGACCUGACAUGGAAACAUCUUAAUGCCACAAUGAACAGAACAAGUUCCAACAAUGAGCUGUGGUUGGAGAUUCCUCAUGUCACAUUCAGGGAGACUGGAGAGUAUCAGUGUGUGGCAGUGAAUGAAUAUGGAGCUUUGGAGAGCUCCAUAACCAUCACUGUGGAAUAUGCCCCACGGAAUCUCUCAAUUACAUCCCUUGCUGUAAUUCAAGAUUCAUCAAUCAAUAUAAUUGAGGGGAAUUCUGCAGUGAUAACCUGUUCUGUCGCAAGCUUCCCAGCUUCUAACCUGAUGUGGAGAUAUCUUAAUGCCACAAUGAACAGAACAAGUUCCAACAACGAGCUGUGGUUGGAGAUUCCUCACAUUACAUCUGGAGAGACCGGAGAGUAUCAGUGUGUAGCAGAGAAUGAACAUGGAGCCGUGGAGGGCUCUAUAACCAUCACUGUGGAAUACCCACCGCGGAAUCUCACAAUUACUUCUUUCGCUGUGAUUGAAGAUUCAUCGAUCAAUAUAAUUGAGGGGAAUUCUCCUGUGAUAAUGUGCUCUGUCGAGAGUUUCCCAGCUUCUAAACUGACAUGGAGACAUCUUAAUGUCACAAUGAACAGAACAAGUUCCAACAAUGAGGUGUGGUUGGAGAUUCCUCACAUUACAUCCAAAGAGACUGGAGACUAUCGGUGUGUGGCAGAGAAUGAACACGGAUCAAUGGAGAGUUCCAUAAUCAUCACUGUGCAAUAUCCCCCACGGGAGACCAAAGCGUCCAUCAGUGGAGCCUCAGGUGGGAUCAGAGAGGGACACAACGUCACAUUAACCUGCUCCAGUGAAAGUGUCCCACCGAUAUCUCAUUACACCUGGUUCAGGAUCGAGGGAAACACCAGCACCCGUUUAAACACAAGCAGCCGCAUUCUCUCCUUCACUCCAGUCACACGGGGGGAUGAUGCAGGUUUCUACUGCACAGCAACAAACCCAUUGGGUAACAGCAGCUCCAACACAACCCACCUGAAUGUGGAAUAUGGUCCAGAGAUUUCCUGGGAGUCGGAAUGUACUCGGAGGUCAGAGGGGAUCACCUGCAUCUGUGUGGCCAACUCCAACCCUCCUGGAGACCUCACCUGGCACCUGCUCCGUGCCAAUAUCAGCGGUAACCAAACACACGGAGGUUUUGUGUCACAGCAGCUCAGAGCGGGGUAUCAGGUGAUGGGUUUCCUGAUCCUGACGGGACACCAGGAUGAAGACGAAGUGAUGGGAUCAUGCUCGGUUCAAAACCCACAUGGUGCAGCCACGUUCAAGGUGCAUCUUUGGGUCAAAGGUAGAGACUCCAAUAAAUGGACCUUAGGACUGGUCAUAACUGGAAUUGUGUUCAGCAUUUUCCUGGCUGGAAUCUUAAUCUUACUGAAUGUGGACAAGAGAAAGACAGCAAUUCAGCAGACAGCUUCGAAGACCAGUGACAUUGCGUUGACCUACAGUCAACUCUCUGUGAAACACCAGGGUUCUCAGAACAUGGUGGUUACUGACCCUCAGAACACAACCAGGGACAUAACUAGAGAGGAGGACACACCAGCUCCCCAGGAUGUCUUUGAGGGUCCAGUGGGAAAGGAGAUGCUGGACACGGGGACCCCAGAAGAACUAAAGACCUCCUCUACACCAACAUUAAUUUCUCAAAGCUGCCCAGCAGUGACAGCGCUGAACACAGGGGCAAGGACACAGAAUACGCAGAGAUCAGAUUCCAGCCAAAGUGAGAAACCCGGAGAGGGGUCUGUGUAGCCAAUAUGGUUGAAUAAUAACAAUGAAGAGAAAAUGACAUUGCUCAACUUUGUUGUUAGUUCUGAACAUGCUUUCCAAUUGCUGCAGCUUUUUCAUGCCCUCAAAGGUUGCACAAAGCUCAUGAAUAAUUUUACAUAUAUUAGCAGAAGCAGUUGUAAUGAAGCUUCAAAAUGCUAUCAUUAUUUGGGAACUUUGGUUCCAAAGUGGAGGAAUGAUGCAGAUUUAUUCUGAAAGCAGUGGUCCAUAACAGAAGUGCUGUUAAUAGCAGCUUCCAAAGCAGUAGCACUGAGAGAAAAUGACCUGACCUAAUUAGAAGAUAGUUAAAUUUGAAUUCCAAAUAAAAUAUGGAAUUAAAUGCCCAAUGGUAACCAUG